CGACACAGUUCCUCCUCGCGUCCUCAGGUCGUCGACCGCCAUAUUGUAUGUUUGGGGAAAGAGGCUGCGCGGGAAAGCAAGUGUUCGGUGGUAAAAUUAUCAGAACAUAGUGCCCGUGAAAGAUUAGUGGUUCACGAUGAGUGACAUAAUGGAUCCCAGCAAGCUGAAGGUGGCGGAGCUGCGAGCGGAGCUGCAGGCCCGAGGGCUGGACAGUAAAGGAAAUAAACCGGUGCUGGUGGAUCGUCUCCGGGCGGCGCUGGAGGAGGAGGCAGCAUGUGAGGAAGGAGAUGAUGUGGGUGGUGGAGAGGAAGAAGAGGAGGCAGUGGGAGAGGAAGAGAUUCAGGAAGAAGUUACAGAAACACAAGUAGAAACAGAGGAAGAGCGUGAUGUACCUGUUGCUGCCAAGGAACCAGAACCGCCACAACAGGAACCUGAGGUGGCUAAGAAGUCGUCUGAGUCUCCUGUUAAGAAAACAGUAUCGCCUCAAAAAGAGCCAGGGUCUUCACCUAAGAAACCAGAACCAGAACCUUCAAGAAAUGCACCACAGCCAGAACCAGAGGUCAAGACUGAACCUGAAGACUCCGCCAAGCUUGGCUAUGAAGAUGCUCCGAUGGAAGAAUUGGCUGAUAAGAGUGAUGCUGGCAAUGGAAUGGAUGUGAAUGUCAAGGAGGAAGAAUUGGAAAUCAAGGAAGAAGCUGUGGAAGUGAAGCAGGAGGUCUCAGAGACUGAGGAGUCAGGAAGCACAAGUAGACGGGGAGAGAAAAGAGCCUUGUCCCGCUCCCGUUCCCCAGAGCCUGCACCAGACGCUAAGAAACAGCGGCCAGAGGUGGAGGAAGUGAGGGUUGAAGAUGAACCGGAGUUUGACAAAACUAUAGUUGCCCUUGAUUGGUACAACUCUGAUCUCAGUUUAGUCAUAAGUAAGGAGGACUACUUGAGUGCUCAGCCACUUACUAUGCAGGGCUUUGGUUAUGUUUGGCAUGGGGUGCGAGCAACUUACGGAUUCACCCGUGGUCGUGUCUUCUUUGAGGCUAAGGUGGAAGAUUACAUGCCGGUACCUCAACUGGAGGAGGAAGAACAGCAUCCUCAUGUGCUGCGUGUAGGUUGGUCUGUUGAUGACGCAGGCCUUACUCUUGGAGAAGACCCCUUCAGUUAUGGUUAUGGAGGCACUGGCAAGGCAUCUACCAACCUAAAAUUCAAGAGCUACGGCAGGACAUUUGGAAAAGGGGAUGUCUUGGGUUGCUUCUUGGACCUGGAAUCAGAACCUGUGGUGAUGAGCUUCACUGUCAAUGGGCAGCAUCAAGUUUGCCCACACCUGGUAAAUUUUGGAGCUGAACCAGCAUGGAUGGAACCCCUCAGUGGUUACACCUUUACUGGCAAGGUUCCUUUGGAGGACCGGGUGCUUGGUACUCAGGCACCAGAGAAGAGAGAAGAUGCUGAAGUGAUCAUGAUGGUGGGGUUGCCUGCUGCAGGUAAAACAACAUGGGUAGAAAAAUAUUGCCGUGAGAAUUUGUGCAAGAAGUACAAUGUGUUGGGUACAAAUUCACUUAUUGACAAGAUGAAGGUCAAUGGUUUGCCACGUCGCCGAAACUAUGCUGGUCGCUGGGAUGCACUGAUUGACCGCUGCACCAAGUGCCUCAAUAAGUUGUUGGAACUUGCCUACAAGCGCAGGCGCAACUUCAUUGUUGAUCAGACGAAUGUUUACCCAACGGCUCAGAGGCGUAAAAUGAAGGGUUUUGCCGGCUUCAAACGUCGUGCUGUUGUUAUUUGUCCCACUGAUGAGGAUCUCAAGAAACGAACUGAGAAGCGAGAGAAGGAGGAAGGCAAGGAUGUCCCGGACAAGGCGGUGCUAGAGAUGAAAGCCAACUACAAGCUGCCUGAGGAAGGAGAGCUGUUUGAUUCGGUGGAGUUCAUAGAGCUGCAGCAAGAGGAGAGUCUCAAGCUGGUGGAACAGUACAACAAGGAAGGUGAAGAUGCAGGCUUUGGUCAGAAGAAAGGCUUCCGUGGGGGCUUCGCUGAUCGCCGUGGAGGCUUCAUGGAUCGCCGGGGAGGCUUUGGUAACCGAGGGAAUAGUUUCCGGGGUGGAUGGGACCGUGACCGCCGUGGAGGCUACACUGACCGACGGGAUAGAGGUGGUUGGAUGCGUGACCGUGAUUAUGGACGUGGAAGCUACAACAGAGAAGGAGGUCGUGGUACCUAUAACAGGGACUACAAUCGUGGUGGAUACAACAGAGAAGUGACCAGAGGAGGAUAUAAUAGAGACAGGGGCAACCGGGCAGGCUACCAGAACAGUUGGAAUCGCCCUCAGAAUAAUCAAGGAAAUCAGAACUAUAACAGUUACGGCAACUAUAACCAAGGAUGGGGUAACCAGAAUUAUGGUGGCUAUGGCCAGGGCUACAGCAGCAAUUGGAACCAGCAGUAUUACCAACAGCAGCAGCAGACUCCACAGCAACAACAGCAGCAGCAACAGUAUUGGGGAUCUGGCUAUGGGUAUGGCAGUCAAGGAUAUGGAUCAGGGCAGCAGUAUGGUGCCUCAUCAACCAGUCAGAACAGUUCUGCCAAUAACAGCUGGGGCCAGGGCCAGGGUGGCUGGAGUGGAUCUGGACAGCAGCAGUGGGGUGGCAGCUACAGUAAGCAAUCAUGGGGUGGGUCUGGAUACAGUUCCAGCAGUGGGCAGAGGAGGUAGAUUAUGUUGCUACCUGUGAGCCAUUUUCUACAAUAUGUGAAAUGUAUGUGUAUUCUUUUCACAUACAUUGAUCACAUAAAAACAUGUACAAGAAGUCCUCUGUCUACACUGUCUCUUUUGUUAGUUAUAUUUUCUGUGAAUUGUUUACAACUAUCUCAGAUUUAUCUGGGUACUUCAAUUUAAGAUUAAUUGAAUUGAAAUGUUUACAAGAGCAUUUGUAGAACUAAAUAAGUUGUGUGCAGUAAGAGGGCUUCAAAUUCUUUGUGGACAGAAGCAGGAGGGUCAACAUCAUCCACCUGCUUUAACUGUUGUACUAGUUAUAUACUUUUAUACAUUAAUCAUAUACAGUAAUUGCUAUUUUGAUUUUUAUUAUACAUAUUGACUUAAAUUAACAUGACAAUUUUGUUUUUAUUGAAUAUUGUGACACUAAGCUUUUAACCCAUUCACUGUUGCACAAUAAAAGUCAUGAUGAGA